CAGCCAGCACACAAUAACCAAUCACCCCUUAGCGCCUAUAUACUAGGGCAUUUCCCCCAUGAGGCCGGAUGUGCGGUGGUGGGGUGUACGUGCGUGCGCGCAUAUGCGAAGAGCUCGCAAUCACGUGCUGUUGUUACAUAUGUAUAUACUUCGCUAGCUGCAUGGGUGUCGCUGAGUGAGUCAGUCAGAGAGAGAGUGAGAGAGAGAUGGAGAUAGAGAAGAGUCACAGUCACUGAGUCAGUCGAGAGACAGUGGAGAAAGAUACGUACUGGAGAGGAGGACUGCGAGAUGUCAGAGCUCUCUGGGAGUACCAAGAAGCAGUUGGCAAGAAGACGAUUUCUAUCUUUGCGCUGCCAACGCCUACAUAUGGGGGCUGGCAGGAGGUCACGGAAACGACAUUUGAAAUUGAGUGAACGGCUGGAAAAGGAACAGGUUAAGAUCUCAACUGCUAUUAGAGACGGGAAUUUGAAACCUUCAGGGCUCACAGUUAACGAUGCGAGAGCAGUAAUAACAACUGUUAUAAAACAUGCGGAGUCCGCCCUAGGGUGGCUGAGAAGCCUACCGAAGAUGGUAGUACAGAAGACAGAUGAAAAAAUUGUUCUGGUGUCAUACAAGUUUCUGCAGCUGGCAUACAGUACAACCCUACUGACAUCAGAACUGUCGGCAUAUCCGCUCCAUGUGGCACUUUUCACUGGUCUGAAGGAGAUUGAUGAUAAAAUUUUCUAUACCCUCGGGGCUACGGUCAAUAGAACCCUCACCAAGGGCCAUGACUUUGAAACAGAUAUAUGCGCGUUCAGAGAGAAGAAUGAUAGAGGCGAAGAUUCGUCGCUAAAUAAAAGAGGGAAGAGUGAGGAAAGAGAAGAGGAAGUGUUAUUUUUAGGAAGAAUAGAUGAAAGGAGAGUUUUUGAAGUGAAAAUCCUAAUGGAAGUGAAACUUUGUGUUGGGCCACUAGAGGCCAAUCUUCCGGCCAUAGCAGAGCUGCUACUGCAAGUGCUGUACACCCUUAUGGGGGUUUCUGGGGCCCAUGUUGGUGACAGUUGUGUGGGCUGCCUCUGCGACACAAAAGAGUAUCAUUAUUUUUGGUUCUACCUCGAUGGAGAGAAGUUGGUGUGCAAAGGAUACAGCAACAUUCUUAUGAAUAACCCUCCAACAGAGACAGAGUAUAACAAUCAUGUACAGUUUUUUAAACAGUGUCAUGAAAACAAUAUUGUGAGUUUCCGUGCG